UUGAUUGGACGCAUAAUAGUUGAUUGGACGUAUAUUGUGUAAUAGAGCCAUUUUUUGUACUGUAAACGCAAAAGGAUUGACAGACUGUGUCUGUCCGUUGUGUCUGUGUUUGUUUGACCGUGUCACUUUGACUGAUUCAUACAUGCAUGAAUCACUUUUUCGCCAAAAUACGAGGACACAGGGUGAAUCAAUUUCAACAGUGCUUUUACAAAAAUUAAAUGAAAAAUGUUGACGCUAAACAAGUGUGUGGGCGAAAUUUGCGUUUUAUCGUGAUUCGAUAUAUUUGAAUUAUUAUAAUUUUUCAUUAAUGUUUUAUAAUGGGAUUUGUAAAUUAAUAACUAAUUACUUUAAUUUUAGAUUUUGAUAUAUUUUAUUCUUAAUAAUUGACCUAUCUUAAAAUCUUCAAGCAAAUUAUUCCGUCGCUAUUUAACGCCUGAACAACGGAAUUUUCUAUUAUCACCUAUUUUAUUCUUCAUCACUGUUCUCAAAAAAUUUUUAACUGAAGCAAUAUUGGUGCAUAUUUAGGUUGGUAAUAUUUUUCUUUAUAAUUUAAAUUUAAUUAAAAACAAAAGAAAAUUUCGAACUGUAUUUAUUUUACUUUUUGGAUAUUUUUCGGUCUGAAAUUUAAAUUUAAUAUAAGCCGACUUAUUCCUCACGAACUAUAUUAAUAACUAUAAUAAUUGGACGCUGAUGAAACAGGUAGGUUUGAAUUAGUCAUUUUUGUAAAUGCUGUUAUGAUAAAUAUCUAUUGGAUAGUGAAAUGAGCAAACCGAGAAACAUUCCAACAAUGAAGUAUGGGACAAAGUCGAACUUCAAGAAGAUGACAAGCGUAAACCAAACAAAUUUGGCCAAAUUCUCUUCAAAGGUUAAAUUGCACACUUAUAAUUCUAAUUCCAAUGUUCAGAAAAAAUCAAAAGCAAAAUUGGAGCUGAGUUGUGUCAAUAAACCAUGCAUUAUCACCCAUAUCAAUGCCGAUAGACUUAAUAAGAAAUGCAACAAAUUAACGAAGGAAAAGAAGACUGAUGCUGUUAAGUUGACUGAAGCAAACUUAGAAGUUGAAAAAUUGACUCGCGAAAAUAAACGUCUUAGAAAAACAAAGAAAGCCCUGUUCAAAGACAAAACCAAUCUAACUGAGGAAUUGGCUCGAGAAAAGGUCAAAUACGAACGUCUACAGCAGCGCACUACAAAUAAUAUCGUUAACUGUAUCGUUAUUGAAGAAUUAACACAAGAUGGACAAAAAACAAAAUUUGUUGUUGAUGCAGACAUUUACCGAAACGUGAAGAAUAAAGCUGAUAGACGAAAGAGAAAAGUGGAGAAGUGCAAGGAUAAAAUCAGAUCACUCAAAGGAAGAUUAGCGCGACCUUCGGUGAUUUUGAGAUUACUGUGAAUGAUCCAAUAUGAGCCCUGCUCUAUUAGAAGCCCAUCUCUAAUAUAAGCCUACCUGAGGGGACCCAUUUAAAUCCCACUCUCGGUAAUAGUGUCGUUUCCAGCCCCACCUAGGUGGACUUAAAACGACACUAUUACCACCACUAAUAGAAACCCGUCUAAAAUUUUUACGCGAAAUUUUAAUAAAACUCCGAAUUAUCGUACUAACAUCAAUUAUUGUUGUAGGGUUG